GUUGCGCUGCGCGACAGUCAGUUGAUUUUAUUGUUUGACAUUCCGCCGCUGGGAGAUUUUCCAUUCAUUCGAUAUGAUGAAGAGGCGUACAGCGUGCCUGAAUUUAACAAAGCAUAAUGUUUGUGCAAACAAAACAGCAUUAUCGUACAAUAGCAAAAAGAAUCCAGAGAAAUUUCAAUUGUGUUAUUUCAUAAUGAUAUCGUUCCCAUGAGAGGUACGUGACGUGCACGGCGUCCAUGUUUUUUGGCGGCCAUUAGAGAAGCCGAAAUCAAGAAGCGGCGUUUUGUAAACUCGAAGUGAAAUGAAUAAAUGUUUAUUCAAUAGUGUGUAAGAUUUUAAACGCUGAGUGAUCGUUAUGGCUGAAAACGAUAUAGACUUGUAUGCUGACGAUAUAGACCAAGAUUUUGCUCAGGAUGAUUUUGGAGGUGAAAAUGUCGACCUUUAUGAUGAUGUGAUAGCAGCACCAUCAGGGAACAAUGUAGAUAGAGGUGGUGGCAAUAAUCACCCUCCUACACCUGGUGAUGAUCCUGGCAAUAACAUUCAGGCCAACAUACAAAAUGUCAACAAUAUUGCUGCUACAGGAAGAAAACAUCAACUGUAUGUUGGAAAUUUGACAUGGUGGACCACUGACCAAGAUAUCGCCAAUGCGGUUCGUGACAUAGGCGUGAAGGACUUCCAUGAAGUGAAAUUUUUUGAACAUCGCGCGAACGGCCAGUCAAAGGGAUUCUGCGUCAUCUCGUUGGGAUCUCAGCAGAGCCUGCGGUUGUGCCUGGAGCUGCUGCCUAAGAAGGAGAUCAACGGCCAACACCCUGUGGUGACCCCUCCCACCAAGCAGGCACUGAGUAACUUUGAAAGUCAGUCGAAAACCCGUCCAUCUCCAACAAACAAUUCCAAUUCCCGCCCACCCCAUCCUAACCAUCCUAACAACAAUGUUCAUUCAGGUCCUGGCAUGCACCACCAGGGAUAUGGCGCCCGCAUGCCGCCAAUGGGUGGUCAGCCAAUGGGUAGGCCAAUGCCACCUGGCAUGCAAGGGCAGCGCAUGCAGCCGCCGCCAGGAUUCGGAGGGCCUCCCAACAUGCAGCAACAGCCGCCGUUCCAAGGGAAUCCGCAGUGGAAUGGACCCAGACCGAAUGGUCCCAACAUGGGGCCAAACAUGGGCAUGAGGCCUGUCAGACCCCCACCUGGAGUACAAGGACCGCCCAGACCGCCAAUGUUUGCUCAGCAAGGCUUUGGAGGUCCUCCAGGGCCUCCAGGCCACCAAGGCGGUCCUGGAGGUCCCCAGGGGCCCCCCGGUCAUCCUCCACCUGGACAUCCUCCACCGGGUCCGCCAGGUGGACCUCCUCAGAUGGGUCCCCGAGGACCCCCCGGACCACCUGGGCCGCCCAUGGGACCCCCGGGAGGCCCAGGUGGGCCGCAGGGACCACCAGCUCCCCACGUCAACCCAGCUUUCUUCCAAGGUGGGGGCGGACCCCCGCCACCGAUGCAGCAUAUGCCCGGACCAGGACCAGUGAUGCCACCUCAAGGGCCUCCACAAGGUCCUCCGAUGGGCGGACCCCCAAUGGGCGGUCCAGGAGUGCCGCCACACGGGGGCCCGCCGCAUGGAUACGGCCCUCCAGUGUCGAUGCCGCAGGCUCCGUACGGUCCCCCCAGUGGACCCCCGCCAACUCCCGGCGAUCAUCAUCACCACAGGCCGGACGUGCCGCAACUCUCAGAGCAGGAGUUCGAAGACAUCAUGUCCAGAAACAGAACUGUCUCAUCAUCGGCUAUCGGUCGAGCUGUAUCGGACGCGGCUGCUGGCGAAUACGCGAGCGCCAUCGAAACCCUGGUCACUGCUAUUUCGCUGAUCAAACAAUCGAAAGUCGCCAACGACGAUCGAUGCAAGAUUCUCAUCUCCUCUUUGCAGGACACGCUCAGAGGCGUAGAGGAUAAAAGCUACAGCAGUAGCAGGAGGGACAGGUCCAGAUCCAGGGAUAGAUCUCAUAGACGCGCUCGACGUGAGAGAUCAUCAUCCAGAUACAGAGACAGGAGCAGAGAGAGGGAGCGCGACAGAGACAGGGAUCGCGAAAGGGAGAGAGAUAGAUAUUAUGCUGAUUCAUACAGGGAGAGAGAGAGGGACAGGUCGAGGAGCAGGGAGAGGACAGAAAGGGAAAGGGAGAGAGACUACAGGGAUAGAGAGCCGGAUGAGUCUAUAGUUAGAACUGCUCGUCCAGAUGCCAGUAUCAGUAAAAUUGCUGACAAGUCACGAUCGAGAAACAAAUCGCCGGUGGAUGUGGCCGAGGCAGCCGGAGAAGCGCCGGGCGGCGGAAAAUCCAGAUACUAUGAGGACAGAUACCGCGAGAGGGAGCGCGAGUCGGGAAGGCGCGGAGAGCCGGACAGAGAUAGAGAUAGAGACAGAGGCAGGGAAGAUGGGCACAGAUCGGAAAGGUCCAGACAUUAACAGCAUUACAAUGUUAUAUGCACACACAUAUAAAUGUUCAUGAAUGUAUCAUGUGUAACCGUAGAUUUUAAUAAUGUAAUCUAGACGACUCUUUCAUUGACUGGUUAUAGAUGAUGUCCUUAUGUAAAUGGCGAUACGUUUUAUGCUGACAGUAUAAUUAUGGUAUCUCCUAAGUUAUCUGUAAUAGUGAUUUCGUAAAUCAUUUCUUUUCAAAUCGUUUAUUAUUGUAAAAUAUCGUAUUGAUUUCUGUAAAAUUUAUAUUCAUUUUCAGUACUCUUCUGCAUUAAUCUGUUCAGCUUUUAGAAUAUGGCGUUUUACCUGGAGUGGAUUAAAUAAUAUUUGCCUAAGCUAAUCAAAAUGCCUGUUUCUGUUCUACUACAAUACAGUAAUACCAGGCUUUGUACACAAAUAGCAAAUUAUUUCUCAAACAAGUACAUGUAGAUGAAAAACUAAAAAUUAACUUGUAUUUACCUAUAAAAUGUGUUCAAAGCCACACAGAAACGUGGACAUUUUGAGAUUGAUUUUUUUUUGUUUUUAGUCAUCCAACCAUGGAGCGUAUCGGCAUCUUUUUUCUUAGCAGAUCACACGUGUAAAUGUUAGAUUAUCUUCAUUAACACAUUUGUUGUUUUAGCUUGAUUUCAUAGUUUAGGUUUGCAGGCAAAAACAAAGAAAUGACCUAGAAGAACGAAGAAACAAGAUAAAAGAAGAAUGUAUUUUUAAGAUAAAUGAAAGGCUUGGUGUUAAAAACUGUGAAUGCGUUUUUAUUGUACGUUUCAUCCUCCACCUGCACCAUUUUUUAUUUGUACCCCUUUUUAUACCUUUUUGGUUUAGAAAAUAUUGUAAUAUUUUACAACGCAGAUAGAUUGACGUAGAAAUCUAAAAACGUUAAAGGUAAAUAAUGGAGAGGUCUCAUACAGCCUUUGUCGGGGCUCUGAUAUAGGAGCAGCCGUAGGGUCUCUAAGGGCUUCGUAUGAGAAACACUGCCCGUUACGCAAAGUUCAAGGUAAGGGCAAGGCAACAUUCUGAUCCAAGGAGUUGCAGGACAGGAAAACCGCAGUGCAAAAACUUCUUGAUAGAGUUAAGCACAGGAGAAGGUCUCCCCAAUGGGAAGACUACAAGAAGGCGUUGCAGGAAUACAAACAGGAGAUUAGAAGAGCCUCUAGAGAAUCCUGGAGGAACUUCUGUCAGUCCAUGAAGGACAUUCCUGCUGCGGCUAGAAGACACAGAAUCCUAUGCAAAGACACUAGAGCAAGAUUAGGAUCUCUGUCUGAUCCCUUGGCACUUUUCCGGUUCCACAGUAGCGCGAUCAAUCAUAGAGUGCAUGCAGUUGCGCAAGUUGCGGGAAGCUCUCCGAAGUGAGUGGGCAAGUCUGGUACACGGACGGCUCGGUCAUCGAAGAGCGCUCUGGCGCCGGUGUCUCGGGGUCUAGAACUAGGCUCUCUGCCUCUUGGUAGAGACAUCACUAUUUUCCAGGUGGAAAUUGUUGCGAUUCUGGCUAGUGUAUCCCUCAUUUUGGAGGGAGGUGGGCCUAGGAGAAAUAUAACAAUAAUCUCCGACAGCCAAGCUGCAAUGAAGAUACAAGUGCCUGUAAGAUUACGUCGAGCCCUGUAUUGCAAUGCAGGGAGGCUCUGGCUGUCUAGCAGGGAGGCAUCCGGUAUCGUUAGUGUGGGUACCAGAGUACGUUGGGAUAAACUGCAAUGAGACGGCGGACGCUCUGGCGAAGACAGGAUCAGCCAGCAAGUUCGUUGGUUCUGAGCCAGCUUCAGGGGUGCCCGCGCUAAGAGUUAGAGGGAAAAUGGAGAAGCGGAUUGCAAGUCAACACUCUCAGAAAUGGAGAAUCAUUUCCAGACAUCUCGGUCAGGCAUCGGAACUCAUUUUACAGUCCAGCGCCAAGGAUGGACGUUUCUGCUUAUCUUUGGAUAAAGCCAACCUAAGGUUGCUGGUGGGACUGUUGUCUGGCCAUAAUACGUUAAGGCGCCACCUGCACGUGGGGGGUGGCUGAGGAUCCCUUGUGUGAGCGCUGCAGGGUAUAGGAAGAGACCUCGGCGCACGUUCUGUGUGACUGUGAGGCUCUUCGCUACUACAGGCAGACUAUACUGGGGUCCAUCACUCUGGUCCCCCACGACGGUAAGGAGCUUGGACUCAAGGCCAUACUCAACUUCGCUAAAAUGGCGAGGUUUGAGCUAAGGAAUGCAGAGGUGCAGAAGGGCCCAUCUAAGUGGCCUAUGCACUGGCUCCUUAUGGUGGCUGGUAUGCCUCUAAUUUCAUGUUUCAUUCAUUCAUUCAAGGGUAAAUAUUAAUGUGAAUUACUUCAAAGCUGAAUUCGAAAUUCAAAUUAUGAAAAUCUUGCAUAUAAAGAGAUUCAAUUCAUACGAAAUUAUUAGAUGUCGUAUAGAAAAUCUUGCAUGUUUUGCGGGCCUCCAAAUGAAAAGACAUUUUGGAUUGAAAAUUUAUCUACGUUUUGAUUUGUUGAAAUACUUUGAGAAGGGCAAACGAGACGUUAAUAAACUUUCAAUCCAAAAUUGUUUUUUUCAUUUUGGUGGCCAGCAAAACAGGGAGAUUUAUCAGCGAGACAAUCUGAAGAUAGGUUUCAGACGUUAAAUAAAAUGGUAAUUGCAUAUAUAUGCCUAAUCAGAGAAUAUGUUAUUUUGGAAACAUUAGUUUUGUAAAUUCCACUUAGACCAUGUCUUAAUGUAUUAAUAUACUGGUUUUGAUCUCAAUUAUGUGCUGUAAGUUAUAUGUUUUAUUAUUGUCAAGAAUUUUAUGCAAGGAUUGUUAAAAGUGUGUGAUAAUAGUGUGUUGAACAUUGAAAGACUUGUGUAAUUUAGGUUUUUCGGACUGUUGAGCCGUGGUCGGGUUGGAUUUCGUCCAUAGCUUUCGGCUACAUCUGCGGUAGCCAUCUUCAGUGGCGCUGUCGCCGAGCACGAGCACAAUGUUCUAUUCGACCAAACUGAAGUCCUAUCAACAUACACCCACUACUCAGCCCGAAUGUACAGAGAAGCAAUUGAAAUCUAUAAACACCAUGAUAACUUCAAUAGAGAACAGGAAGGCCUUGCUUUGAACAAAACGUGGUUCCAAAUUCUAAAAAACACAGCGCAAAAGCCACGUCACUCAAGAGACCCGGUGUACCCCCACCAGACAACUCAGUCCUCCGAUCGCCUAUAAAACCGCACGCUCAUCCAGUUAACCGAUCAGUUUUAGUCUCGAUGGUUUCAAUCGACCCGCCAAGCCGAGCACUUCGCUCUCGCCGACAGCGCCACUGAAGAUGGUUACCGCAGAUGUAGCCGAAAGCUAUGGACCAAAUGCAACCCAACCACGGCUCAACUGCCCGAAAAACCUAAAUUACAUUAGAAUUAGCCGUGUGAAAGCCUUCAUUCUUCAAUUGAAAAACUUAUUUGUCCAAAAUACUGAUGUUGAGAUUCGAAAGUAUCCACUAUAAAUACGGCUUUUGUAUUUACAUCAUGCGUCAAGUCAAAAAUCACUUUUUAUCUUGGCUUUUCUUUUAUCUUCGAAAAAUGAAGCGGAUUCGUUCUGAUAAUAGCAUUAACAAAUUUUGGUAUUCAUUUAUUUUGAUCCUAGCUUCAUAAAAAAAAGUAUUUUGUACUGCUACUCAUUUGUUCCUUGUGGAUGUCCACGACUAAGCGUUACAUUGAAAAUGUUUACCAUUUGUUAUAUUUAAGCAAGUUAUUGGUAAAACGGGUAGAAUGAAUAUUGAAUCUAUUUAAUCUAUUUAAUUAUGUCUAAAUUAGCUUGUCUUCAUGCCAGCUAUAAAAUGCCGGUUGAACGUCUAUUACACGAUUUACUUUAGAAAAGAGCCAGCGACGAUGAUUUUUUUAGUGAAUGGUACUUUCUCUGUAAUCGACAAAUGAAUGAAAAAUUGAUAUAGAGUUCGUCAGAUAUUUGGGUGUUUCCCCAAAAAAAAUAUCAAAUAUGAAAUAUCUUCCCUUCUUACUUCAACUGCAUAAUCAAAUACUACAAGGUAGUGAGAAGAUUCCAUUUAACUAGAAAAUCAUGUGCAUGCGGAGCAGGGCUGACUCACUGCUGAUAACUUGAAUGAUAAGAGUUGUGAUAAUAUUUAUAUUCUUACCAGAUAUAAAUUAUUCAGGUGAUAUACUUGAUUGUUCCGGACCAAGGAUUUUUCAAAAUAUGUGUGAAAGAACUGUGAUAUAGUAAUCGUAAACUAUUGUCACUAAUGUAGAUCUUCCUGAAUUUAUGGUGUUAAUGGAAUUUUUUUCAACAAAGUUAUAAUUAUUAGUGCCAAUCGUUAACGAUUUAGUCUAGAAAAAUUCACGAUAAAGAGCUAUAUAUAUAGGUAAGUAAUUUAUUCUCCUGUUAUUAACCUUUAUGUAAGAUAUCAAUAUGACUAAAAACGUAUAUCGAUGGAUAUACCUGAAUUUUAUGCAUAAUCUAAGCAAUGGAUUAUGAAUCCUUUUUUGUUCACAUCUCCAAAAAAUAUUUUACGUAUUAUUUAAUUAGGGGAUGUUAAAAGAGAAAAUAGUUUUAUCAAUCGCUAAUACCGAUACGUAACCGUUAACAUUUAAGUCAUAAGAAAUCAAUGGAUUAUAAGGUUAUCUCUAAUACCCACUGCGUGUAAGAAUAUUGAAACUCGCAGGAUGGUAAGCCUAAAAAGAUAAAUUAUUUUAUAUUUCCCAAUAUUGGAGUCAAAUUAAUGUUCAAGUAAUUGGUUUUUCAUUUUCCUAGCACUUUUUGUAACUUAGUAAGGUUACACAUAGUAUAAAUACUUCAGUCUUAUAGAGAACAAUAUUUUAGUUUUCAACUGAAUUGUCCACGUGUGUCUUAUACGUCUUGUGUUUUUGAAGACUUGAGCAGAAUAUUAGGGGUAUUGCGGAUAUGAUUCUUACCUGUGGGACCUGCAAGUUACUGUAUUUUAAGUAUCUCUCUCAAAAAUAAUUUCGUAGGUCAUCCUGAUCCCUGAUUUGACGUUUCAAGUAUUCUUGAAAAUAGGUAUGACGUAAUGUGAAUUUAAUUCUAAAAACACUGUACUGACCAAAUUCACAGACAAUUUCAUUGAUAGCUCAUCAGCCUUUUCUACUGUAUUUACCAAAGCUUUUACCUGAAAGUCAGAAAAGAGAUACUAAUGUAAAUAUGUUUCAACCCACUGACGAAGACUGCAAAAUGCUCUGAUAUUGAUUGGGAAAUUUGAAAAUAUUGCUGCAGCUUCAUCGUUAUGAGGAUAAUCUACGAACCAGAUUAUAUUUGUAAUACCAAUAAAGUGUUAUGUACAUGCCUUGCAGAAAUAAUCUACGUGUAAUUGUUGUAAUAUCACUCUAUUCUAUGGCAAGUUAUGAGGAGGUCGGAUGCCUUUCUGCUCCUAUCAUUCCAUGUUCAAAAUGAGGUGAGCAGAGCUUGUAACUGAUUAACUCCUCACAGCUUGUUUGUAUUUACGAAAGUAAUACAGAUUAUGCAAAAAUGCAUUAUUUUUCAAAACACUGUAUAGUUUUCACAUGUUUAUACGAGUGUUAGUAAUACGUAUUCGUUCUGCGGAAAUUGAAUAUUGUAACUGUGAUAAUGAAAUACUUUCAGGUGAUAGUGCUGAAAAUAUGAAAUGGCAAUCUAGAUUCACAAAUUCUAAUUAUUUUGCUUUUUAUGUGAUAUUAUGAUCUCAGAACUAUUUUUUAAGAUGCAAAUAUAAAAAAAUCUACAAGCGUUGUUUGUAAAAUAACUAUCUAAUGUUUAAAUAAAGCUCUAUUCUUUUAAAACAUUAGUUUUAGUGAAUAGCGCUGGAUAAUUUUAUUUCUCACUCCAGCUCUUCUGAGGCUAUUGACGCAUGCAACGAUAUAACUGCUCGCGCUCAUCGAACCUUGGCACCUAGUCUAUACUUUAAAAAUAUUCAGCGAGUUUGACCGUUGAUUUGACCAGCAUUGAACCAGCCUUUAGAUAGUCAUUUGCAUACAUCAUGCAUAGUUUUGUUGAACAAUUGUCCAUAACUGUGUUAUUGAAAAG